CGUCAAUGAUCCGUUUUUUUUUUUUAAAUACAGAUUAUUUUACGCUCGAAAAUCUUACCGGUGACUGAUUGCGUAUAUCUGAUUUAUUUUUAAAUGAGUCGUUAAUUAAAUUAUGUUUUAAUAAGGCAUUUUAGUCCAUUAAGGCACAAUUAGUUAGCGGCUUUCGUAGAUAUGUUUUAUCUACUAAUUUCUAUCUAUCUAAUUUAAAACUAUGCAACGGAUUUUGAUGCGGAUUUUGAAUAGAUAGAGUGAUGAAUCAAUUUAUCUAUUAAGAAGGUUUAGGCUGUUGACAUUUUGAACUGUUUAUAUUGUACGUCAAUGAUUCUUUGAGAUAUUGAAUUGUUGAUUAUACGGUGUUGAUAUUUUUACUGUUGAUAUUUUACAUGUUGAUAUUAAAUAUGUUAUAAAUUAUUAUAGUUUCACCCGAGCGAAGCCCGAACUAAUAAAUAAAAGGGCGUUGUCACUCUACCACUCAACUGUACACAUUUAAAUAGGGCUUUGAAAAAAUCAGAGCUCAUUUCUUACUUUUCCAAAAUGGAUGAAACCUUCGAGGUGUUCCAUCGGGUCUUAUCUUUCGGCGGCAUUUCGAUAUUCACCAAAAAUAACUGGGACUCGAAAUCAUGGCUUCUUUUACAAAUAUUCAACUUCGUAAUAGGUGUUUUUUGCUUCAUUUUUACCACUGGAUUUGUAAUGGAGAACUAUUCUGAAUUACUGAUAUUCAUAGAAGGAGCAUGUAUUUGGACCACAGGAGUUAUAAUGACAAUAUCAUUGGGUGUUUGCUUGAUUUUUCGCAAGCAACUCCGCCAGUUCCUCGAAGAGAUGGUUUUCAACGAUUGUGUUUUGGAAAUUCCCAUAAUAAAUAGUGUUUUGAAGCGUGAUGAGGGGGAAAAAGUGGUUGAAUUGAAGACAAUGGUGGUUGAGUCUCAAGAAAAGCUGUUGAAGUACACAAGAGUGCUAUUAAAAUGCUAUGUAGGCAGUGUGUUCUUGGUGGCCACUUUGUAUCUGUGCUCUCCACUAUAUGAGAUGUUUGUCAGCAAUGACGAUAGCUUAAGGCUACUGGCAUUUGGGAUGUGGUUUCCGUGGAGUUUGGACGAUAUAAACAUAUAUAUUGCUUCAUUCGUGUUCCAUGCAUAUGCUGGCUAUCUGUGCUGCAUUGCCUAUCCAGGUUUGCAAUUAACAAUAAUCCUGUUAGUCGGUCAGAAUAUUCGACAGCUUCGAAUACUAACCUUUAUUCUGUUGAACUUGGAUGAGUUGGUCAUCGAGCUGGGUCACAAGAAUGACAACUGGCAGAUGUGCUGCACUGAUGUGCUUGCGCAGUGUGUAGUGCAGUAUGCUAAAGUUAAAAGUUUCAGCAACCGUGUAAAUGUCAUUUGUCGGCCAUUUUAUUUGACCCUUAUUCUGGUCGCCAUUAUGUUGGUCUGUAUGUGUUCCGUGAAAAUUGCUGUUUCUGACAAACUGUCCCCGGAGACUAUGAAGUAUUAUGUGCACGAGUUUUGCUUCAUCAUCGUUGUUCUCAUGUUCUGUCUCUUGGGGCAGCAAAUUGAAAACGAGUGCGAAAAACUAGAACAAGCCGUAACAGAGAAAUGGUAUAUUUUCGACAGGAAACACAAGAUAAAUGUCCGUAUUUUCAAGACCGCGCUGAGCCAGCGAAUGCCAAUUUACAUAUUUGGUACCAUACCUCUAUCCUUACCCACUUUCACUUGGUUCAUAAAAACUGACAUGUCGUUCUUCACACUCGUCAUGUCUGUAUUUGAAAAGCAAGAAUAAAGUUGUGGUUUAUAGAUAUAAUAGACUAGACAGUCAUACAUAACAAUUAUACAUAUAUAUUUUAAUUAUAUUAUAUAGUAUGAUAAAGAUA